GCUUCCUCUGCUCCCCAACCAUCAGAUGAAGAAUGUGGAUUGGAUGGUGGAAGACGGUUCUGGGCUGGGGGUCCUCACAAUAUGAGAAUUGUCUCUGAUGGACGUUCUCGGCUCACACGCAAAUGAGAACAGCGAUCCCCAGCGAGGAUUCUGGGAGCUGGGCCAACAUCGCAGACACAUCUGCGUCCCCGUCAUGUGACCUCCUCAGACAGACGCUGUGCUGGGUGAGGAGAAGACAGAACAGAUGGUGGUAUAGGAGGAUCGGGGGUGGCCGCGUGUCCGAUCCGCUCCGACACCCAAGAUGACCGGAGGGACAGGGAGGGAGGCCGGCCUCGUCCAGCAGACCUUUGCUCUGCUGCGGAAGAAUAUUCUGGUACAAUGGAGGCGUCUGGGAAAUGUAGUGCUGGAGUGGCUCCAGCAUUUGGCGCUGAUCUUCAUGCUCUUCAUAGUGCUGAAUAUUAACGGUGGUCCAGGCCUGAGGGCGUACACACCGGCUACGGUCCUGGGGCGUCUGGAUGAAUUCAGCAACAAAAGUUUUCCAGUUGGCUACAUCUCUUCAACCCCGGCCAUCCAGGACAUCAUGCAGAGGGUCAACAGAAGCCCCAUCAUCCCAGAAAUAUCGGUGAAGGAAUUCGAAAAUAUAUAUGACCUCCUGGACGCAGUUAAUUGGAAAAUCACCGCCGGCGUGGAAUUUGAGAACGAGUUCACGUAUUUUAUCCGAUAUCCUCUCAACAACGUCCCGAGCCCCAAUCACUACUUGGCUGAAAGAGGUUACUGCGAAACUUCAGAAAAAUUCUGCCGCCCCCUGGAGUACUGGAAAGUGGGGUUCAUCUCUCUACAAGCCAGCCUUGACUCCGCCAUUGUUGAGAGGACCACCAAGCAGUCGCUGUGGGAUGGUUUGGCGGCCACAGAGGUGGUGAAGAUGAAAUCUGUGGAUUCCACAGAAAGGACGCCUCUGUACAUGGGCGCCAUCAUCUAUGACCUGAGCAUGUGCUUCGUCUCGCUGUCCUAUCUCAUGACGUUGCAGAUUACCCGGGAGAGGAGGAAAACCAGAGAGCUGAUGAGGAUGAUGGGACUGAAGGAUCUGGCGUUUUGGUUGUCUUGGGGGUUGCUGUACACCGUCAGCGCCAUCAUCAUCGCCACCCUCAUGGCUCUGGUCGCCACCACUUAUGUGUUUGUGGAAAGUUCCUUUGGCGUUAUUUUUCUGCUCUUCACCCUCUACGGCGUUGCAACGGUCUGUUUUAACUGCAUGCUGAGCGCCCUCUUCAGGAAGCACCGCCUGACAGCGAUUCUGGGGUUUUUCAUCACUCUCUUCCUAGCCGCGCUGGGCCUCCUCCCACUGAUGAACGCCAUACCCAAAUCUCUGGAAGCUUUUCUCAGCAUUUUCCACCCCUUCUCCCUCGCCGUCGGGCUGGUGGAGAGCAUCCACAUGGAAAAUGACCUUCAAGGGACCUUCUUUUCAGACAUUGGCGGUGACUCCUCCCACAUACUCUCCAGCGCCAUCUACCUGACUCUGGACUCAGUGCUUUAUAUCAUCCUCACUCUCUAUUUCGACAAGAUUAUUCCAGAUAAAAACGGAGUGAGACACGACCCAUUGUUCUGCCUGAGACCUUCAUUCUGGUCAAAGAAGAAGAAGAUGACCCCCGUACCGCUAGGAGAAGGAGAGCGAUUAGAGGAGGACUCUGGGGACUAUGUAGAAAAAGUUCCUAUUGAGUUAUUAGGAAAAGAAGCGAUCAGGAUAAAUAAUGUCAAGAAAAUGUACAGCGGCAAGGACAAGACGACAGAGGCGCUACGAGGUCUGAAUCUGGACAUCUAUGAGGGACAGAUCACAGCGUUACUUGGCCACAGCGGAGCUGGAAAAACAACAUUACUGAAUAUACUCAGCGGGAUGGGCGGAGUCACGAGCGGGUCUGCCAACAUCUAUGGCCAUCCUCUAUCAGACCUCAGUCUUCGUCAGGAGAUCCAGAGAAAGAUCGGCUUUUGUCCGCAGAUCGACAUCAACUUUGAGCUUCUAACGGUGAAGGAGAACUUGGAGGUUUUUGCUCAGAUUAAAGGAGUUCCUAGAAGUAAAGUGAAACCCGAGGUAGAAAAGGUCCUCUGUGACCUGGACAUAGAGAACAUUCAAGACCUGAGAGCCAAUAAACUGAGUGGAGGUCAGAGGAGGAAGCUGACCCUGGCGAUUGCACUAUUGGGAGACCCCGAGAUUUUGUUGCUGGAUGAACCGACGGCUGGCCUUGACCCGUUCUCCAGGCACCGUGUAUGGUCUGUUCUCAAAGAGCGCAAAGCUGGCCACGUCACCUUAUUCAGCACGCAGUUCAUGGACGAAGCGGACAUCCUUGCGGACCGUAAGGCUGUGCUCUCCAACGGGAGGCUGAAAUGUGUUGGGAGUUCUUUUUUCCUAAAGCGAAAAUGGGGCAUUGGCUAUCACUUGAGGAUGCAGGUGACCCCAUCAUGUGACACAGAGGCCAUCACAUCCCUCAUAAAGCAGCACGUUCCCAACGCCAAACUCAGCACACAGAAUGUGGAGGAUCUGACGUUCACCCUGCCAUUCCUGAACAUGGAUUCCUUCCCAGCUCUGUUCUCUGACCUGGAGGGACAUGUGGGCCGAGACAUUGUAAGUUACGGAGUCUCUGUUACUACGCUGGACGACGUGUUCCUGAAACUGGAAGGAGAGGCCGAGAUCGAAAAAGGAGAUUACGGCGUUUUUGCCCAAGAGCAAAAUGAAGAAGAGGAUCACUUCUCCUCGGAGCCGGAGGAUUCGACCCUUCUGAUGUCGGACUCCGGUACACCCACCAUCAGUGGACUGGCAUUGUGGAGACAGCAGGUGUUGGCCGUGGCGAGGAUCCGAUAUUUGAAGCUUAUCCAUGACAUGAAAGGCUUUCGAUCCAUACUUCUUCUGCUGGUAUUGUUCAUCCUUCCCCUGGUUUCCUCCACCAUAAUGAUGAAAAGUUUCCAGACUAGGAACUCCUGGGAGCUGACUCCACAGCUUUACUUUCGAAGACCCGGAGAUCGGGCCCACAAAUACUACUCUAAUCUUCUGCUCGUCAACACCACCGGUCUCCCCAUUGAGAAUCUUGUUCAUGGUGUCCUGGCUCAAGAUAUCGCCAUGGAUGUUGUGGAUGGUCCAUAUGAUGAAAACACUACGGCCUACAACGGCGCUAUAGAGAUCACACGAGGCAACAACACGGCUUACGGGUACAAAAUAAUCGGAAACCCCCGAUCACACAAUAUCUUCCCGGUAUUGGUUAAUAUUAUCAGUAACGCCUUUAUGAGGAUCUAUAACUCCACGGAGAGGAUCAGGGUGUGGAAUGAGCCCAUCAUGCCUGACUACGGGGAUCGCAGCUCUUAUAUGAUGUUCUACAUGGGAGUAAUGUGUAUGAUCUAUGCAUCCGGACUCGCCCCCCACUUUGCAAUGACCAGCAUGCAGGAUAUGAAGAUCAAAGCUCGCUCCCAGCUGCGUAUUUCCGGCCUUUUCCCCUCCGCGUACUGGUUUGGACAAGCCCUGGUGGACGUCGCCCUCUCUUGGCUCCUCCUCUUCCUGAUGGUCGCCAUCUUGUUUGCCUUCAGCCAUUCCAUCCAUCUGUCAUUCAUAAACGCGGUGCUGCUUAUUGUAGCCAUUUUGGGUUACGGCAUGGCCACGGUCCUCUAUGUUUACGCAAUCACAUUCGUGUUUGGGAAGAGGAAGAUUCACCACGACCGAUGGGCCUUCUUCUUUAUCUUGUCCUCCCUCGUCCCGAUAAUAUACAACGCAUUUCGACUCUUUGUUAAUUUGUCAGAAGAAUUCUAUUUCAUCUUCUUGAUCUUGGUGCCGCCCAGCAACUUGAUGGCAUUUUUGAUCGAUCUGGUUUAUCUUCACGAACCUUAUUACACUUUUCUGUCAUUCCCAACUGCGUACGUCCGCCUGGCGAUUCCGUACGGACAAACCAUCGUACUCUGGGGGCUCCUGUGGUUUCUGGAAUGGUGGAUGGGAACCAGAAGUUUGAAACGAGAUCCGGUAUUCAGAUUCACCAAAAGAGAACAUCCGUUUACCCAGAAUCCCGAGCAGCUGGACGAUGCUGAUGAAGAGGUCCUCGCUGAGAAGGAAAGGGUUAACACCUUGAAAACAACAGAUCAGGAGGAGGAGAGGCCGACCAUCCUCGUGGACAGCUUACGGAAAGAGUUUAAGGAGAAGGUAGGCAUCUGUGGACGCUUCAGGAAGAAGAAGAAGAGAACAGCCAUCAGUAACACCUCGUUCUGUGUCAAGAAAGGUGAAGUCCUGGGACUUCUGGGCCCCAACGGAGCCGGCAAGACCACAUCUGUGCUGAUUCUGGCGGGGGAGAUGAAGCCAACAGCUGGACAGGUGGUGCUAGGAAAUGAAGGAGACCCCCAUAGAACUGAAGACUCUGCAGCAUUGGGCUUCUGUCCUCAACACAACCCCUUGUGGCCCAACCUCACCGUGAAGGAACAUCUGGAGAUCUACGCCGCCGUGAAGGGCAUGAAUAAAGAGGACGCAAACCGCGCUAUCAAACGGGUGAGUGAAGCUCUGGAGAUGAAGGACCAUCUUGAUAAACCAACCAAGAAGUUAUCAGCCGGGGUCUCCAGAAAGGUGUGUUUUGCCAUCAGCAUGUUGGGUAAUCCCACCAUCGUUCUCCUGGACGAACCUUCAACUGGUCUGGACCCAAAAGGACAACAAAGGCUUUGGAGAGCCAUCCGAGCGGCCUUCAAGAACCGGGAAAGGGGCGCCAUCCUGACCACACACUAUAUGGAGGAGGCCGAGGCCGUGUGCGACCGCGUGGCGAUCAUGGUGUCCGGAAAACUCAGGUGUAUCGGAUCCAUCCAACAUCUGAAGAGCAAAUUCGGUAAAGGUUACCUCUUGGAGAUCAAACUGAAGGACACCCAGCAGGCUGAUGUGAUCCACCAGGAGGUCCUCCGUCUCUUCCCACAAGCCGCAAGGCAGGACAGGUUCUCCUCCUUGUUGGUCUAUAAGAUCCCAAUGGAUAACGUCCAGUCUCUGUCCCAGGCCUUCCUACACUUGGAGAAUGCUAAACAAACGUAUAACAUGGAGGAGUACAACUUCUCCCAGUCCACCCUCGAGCAGGUCUUCCUCGAGUUGGCCAAAGAACAGGAGAAGGAAGACUUCCACUUGGAUUCAUCAUUCCGAUGGAAACACCUGAAGAGUGAAGAGAUAUAACAUUGUCUGUAAUAUUAUUAUUAUUAUUAUUAUUAUUAUUAUGGGCCUUGUGUGUGCGGCUGAACCUUCUGCUUGAGAAGUUGCACUGAGAUGGAAAUUGCGGGGGAAGCCGAAAUCAAGUCACCCGACCAGCGAGGAAUUCAUGACAAGAUUAUGUAGCUUCUUGAGCCGUGUUUUCAGGGAUCUAUUAACAGUUCUGUGUAAAGUGGGAAAAAAUGGAUGUUCUUUCAGCUAUUUUCUUAAAUUGGACAAAUGUUCUUUUAUUAUGGGCAGUAAAAUACCACAUGAUGGCCACUAGAUGGAGCUGAGGAGCAUAGGAAAUACAUAGGUCUUUGGAACAAGUGAUGCAAUGUAAUAAUCC